AUUCACAGAAUCGAUACCACUGUCGGCGAUAGUGUCACAGCUCUAGAUUGUGCUUGUCAUCUUGUCAUUUCGGUGAGAAUAGUCGGCAUUUAUUUAAAAAAAUUAUUGUAACACAAAUUUAGGCCAAUAAUUAUGGCUACUGAACGCUACAGUUUCUCCCUAACGACCUUUAGUCCUUCAGGAAAGCUCGUGCAAUUGGAAUAUGCCUUGGCAGCUGUGUCCGGUGGCGCCCCUUCUGUUGGCAUUAUGGCUUCCAAUGGUGUCGUUAUUGCCACAGAGAACAAAUACAAAUCGCCGCUGUAUGAGGAGCACAGUGUGCACCGAGUGGAAAUGAUAAACAAGCAUAUCGGAAUGGUUUAUUCUGGCAUGGGUCCCGAUUAUCGCUUGCUGGUGAAGCAGGCACGAAAAAUCGCCCAAACGUACUAUCUGACCUACAAGGAACCAAUUCCUGUGUCCCAGCUUGUGCAACGCGUGGCAACGCUAAUGCAGGAAUAUACUCAGUCCGGUGGCGUUCGUCCCUUUGGCGUUUCGUUGCUAAUUUGCGGCUGGGACAAUGACCGACCAUACCUUUACCAGUCGGAUCCCUCGGGCGCAUAUUUUGCUUGGAAGGCCACUGCCAUGGGCAAGAAUGCUGUUAAUGGCAAAACUUUCUUGGAAAAGCGUUAUAGCGAAGAUCUUGAGCUGGAGGAUGCCGUGCACACUGCAAUUUUGACUCUCAAGGAAGGAUUCGAGGGAAAAAUGACAUCGGACAACAUUGAAGUUGGAAUCUGCGAUCAGAACGGUUUUAAGCGUUUGGAUCCCGCUACAAUCAAGGACUAUUUGGCCAACAUCCCUUAAAAUUGUAAAACACUUUAAGAUCCACAAGCUAAGCUUUUCUACGCGUACAUAAAUAAUAAAAAUAAAGUUUGUAAGUGUUGCGGGCUUUUUAAAUGAA